AUGGCUCUCCUGGAAACAGGAAGAGGCGAGGAAGAAAAGUUAAGAACCAAGGAACUAGUGAUAGUCAUUUCUGAUACUGAAGAAGCUUCAGACAUGAACAAGCAAAGUGAAUAUUCUAAAGGUUUUGCACCCUUCGAAUCAGGUUUGUACUCUUUUUCGGAAAAUCUCCGAGGACAAUCCCCAAAUGGUGGAUCAACAGAGCUGCAAAAUCUACAAAUUCCUCCACCAGAGAUAACCCUGAAUAACACUCCGAAAGUCGCAUAUGGAACAACAGCGGUUCAACGAAGAUCAAAGCCACGUCCUGCGUAUUUCAAGCCUAAAUCAAGAUUAGUUGAGCCACCAUAUCCUAGUGGUUCGAAGGUGGUUGAAGAGGGUACCCAAAUGGUGCCUGUUACUUCAUCUUACAGGAAAUCGCCUAAAAUGGCUUCACCCGCCAACAGAAGCACUGCUAGUACUCCUAAAGAAUAUGCAAAAACAGGCCCAGUUACACCCAAAACGACAGCUCCAGUCACCCCAAGAACUCCAUUGAUGGUGUCGCCCGGAGGAGAAGAUGAUGAGGAUGAGGCUGAGGAUGAGGAUGAUGAUGACCAGGUGUACAAGACUGCAAAUAUUAAACAAUAUGAAGGAAAAAGGGGUAAGAAAGUGAAAAUGAUGAUAUUAUUUGAGUGGAUUGUGUUGAUAUGCAUGAAGGUUUUUCUGAUUACUAGCUUGACUAUACCCCGAUUGAGGAAUCUUAGGCUUUGGAGCUUAGAAAUUUGGAAAUGGUGUGUAUUGGUAGUGGUCAUCUUUUGUGGUCGGUUGUUUACUGAGUGGUUUAUUAAUCUUCUAGUUUUCUUGAUUGAAAAGAACUUUUUGCUCAAGAAGAAGGUCCUCUAUUUUGUUUAUGGUUUGAAAUGGAGUGUUCGGGUUUUCAUUUGGUUGGGAUUGGUUCUUCUGGCAUGGGGUCUGUUAAUCAACCGAGGGGUCAAGAGAUCAAAAGAAACUACCAAGGUCUUGAAUUAUAUUACAAGAGCUCUUGCAUCUAGUCUUAUUGGGGCUGCUAUGUGGAUGGUGAAGACUUUACUGGUGAAGCUCUUGGCUUCUUCUUUUCAUGUCAAAACAUUCUUUGACAGGAUUCAAGAAUCCAUAUUUCAUCAAUAUGUUCUUCGGACCCUUUCGGGGCCUCCAUUGAUGGAAGAUGCAGAAAAGAGUAGUUCCUGGAAAAGUGGUCAGUUGAGCUUUAAAAAUCCUAUGGGAGGAAAACAGGAGAAGGAAGAGGUGAUUGAUGUGGAUAAGCUUCACAAGAUGAAGCCAGAAAAGGUGUCUGCUUGGACCAUGGGAGGGUUAAUAAAAGUAAUAGGGUCUUCAGGGUUGUUUACGAUUUCUGAGGCAUUGGAAGAAAUUGUGGAUGAUGAGGGCGUUGAGGAAAAAGAGAUUACUAGUGAGUUGGAAGCAAAGGCUGCUGCUCGUUUCAUAUUCAGAAAUGUAGCAAAGCGUGGCAACAAUAGGUUUAUUGAUGAGGAUGACCUUUUGCGUUUCAUGACGUCCGAGGAGGUGGAUAAUGUGCUUCCAUUGCUUGAGGGAUCUGUUGAAACAGGACAGAUCAAGAAAUCAUCUUUAAGGAAUUGGGUGGUGAAGGCCUACAAUGAACGCAAAUAUCUGGCACAUUCUUUGAAUGACGCCAAAACAGCCAUAGAAGAUUUGAACAAGAUUGCUUCAGGGAUCGUAUUUAUUUUGAUCAUCUUUGUUUGGUUACUUUUGAUGGGAAUUGCAACAACCAAUGUGUUGAUUUUCAUUUCAUCUCAGCUUUUACUGUGGGUAUUUAUGUUUGGCAACACCCUUAAGACAGUAUUUGAGGCCAUUGUAUUUGUAUUUGUGAUGCACCCGUUUGAUGUAGGGGAUCGAUGCGUCAUUGACGGAGUACAGAUGGUCGUUGAUGAGGUGAACAUUUUGACAACAAUCUUUCUGAGAUAUGACAAUGAAAAAAUAUACUAUCCAAAUGCAGUUUUGGCUACUAGACCGAUCAGCAAUUUCAACCGAAGUCCAGAGAUGAGUGAUUCUGUGGAGUUUGCUGUUGAUGUUUCCACUUCCAUUGAGAGCAUUGUAGCUCUAAAAGCUAAAAUAAAAGCGUACUUGGAGAGCAAACCUCAGCAUUGGCGUUCUGGCCAUAGUGUGCAGGUUACAGAAAUAGAGGAUGUGAACAAGAUGAAAAUGGGGCUCUAUGUCACCCACACCACAAACUUUCAGAACUAUGGAGAAAAGAGCAAUCGCAAAUCUGAUCUAGUCUUGGAGCUGAAGAAAAUUUUCGAAGAGCUUGGUAUUAAAUAUCAUCUUCUCCCUCAAGAAGUUCAUGUCACUUACGUUGGUUCUGCACCCCCGACAAAUACAACUGUUACGCGGUGA